AUGGCUGACUCGGGGGCCAGGAACUUCCAAGAGGAGGAUGCAGAUGCAGGUGGCAAGUGGAGCGCAAGGGCCUGCAGAGCGUCAAGCAUCGGAAGCGACCAGUGGGAGGCAGACUUCAGCGAGUUUGAGGGAAAUUUUGCAAAGGAGGAGGAGAAUAGGCAGAGGGAGGUUCAAGGUGCUAGCAGGGGCAGCGCGAGCGAUGCGGCAGGGGAUGGGAGUGACUUUGGAGACUUUGGGGAUUUCAGUGCUUUCAAGACGGUCAUGAUCAGGAUCAAGGCUCUUCAACGCAGUGAAACAGCAGCACGGAAGGGAAGAGAAAUCGCAGCAGUGCUGGCAGAUAUCAAGCCUCAAGGCAAGGAAGUGAAAGGAGACGGCGUUACAGGCCAUUCAGUUAUCAAUCACUGCCUCUGUCCCUUCAACGUGCGCUAG